UUCGGGCACGAGCGUUCGGCGCACACCCCUCUCUCCUCCAUAGGACGGAAGUGGAUUUUUUUCUCAGUCGGAUAAGAGCGGCUCCUGGAGCUGCAGCCCGAGCGACACGCGCCCACAAGAGCGCACACCUCAUGUUUAUGUUAAUGUUAAUUCACCAGAGAGUAAACAACGGUAGCAACGACCAAGCAAGGGACGUAGUUAAGGUCCAUACGGUCGCUGGACCGAGUUUUUCCCGGUUAUAGGGCACUCUUUCCUCACGCCGGCGGAGGAAAAAAACCCUGCGCAUUCCUCCACGCAGAGAGCCCGAGAGGGAGACCAGCCUACGGAGGGGGAAGGAGAGCUGGAGGCGACCUCUUCACAAGGUGGACCGCCGAAUUCACCCACAGAGGCUUGUCACAGAGGUCUUGUCUCAUAUUUGGCCUCUUUCCGUGUUUGUUUUCGAUGCCCUAACGACGGGGGGAACGCCAUGCUUUGAUGAAUAAUUUACAGUCUCUCUGUCCGAGGCUCGCGCUGCGAUUACCAACCAACCGUUGGCUGCGCCCGACGCCGCCUGAACGGGCCCCCAUGGUGGACUAGAGAAAGAUAACACGACGACGACACGGGUCUAAACCGGACUGCAGAAAAUAAAUAAAUAAAAAAGGGGAAUACUUUAGUAGUCCUCUGGGUGCAGUUUAGUAGCGCAGAGCUCCGUAGUCAUGUUGCCGAGUCGGUGGGGGAGGAGAGACGGAGCCCCCAGUACUUCGACGCCGAUCCAGUGUCACUCCAGUUUCGGGUUUAUUUUAUGAGCCUCCACGAAGCACCAUCCGACACUUUCUCUCCACAGAAGCGCCAACAUCGUCCAUUGUCAUCUUGAGUGUCUGAUUUGAAAGAAUGGCGCGGACGCUUCCCCUUUAAACGCCUUACACACCUGAAUUGAUCUAAACAGCCUAAGCAUUUUGGCUUUUUUUUGUUACCUCAGAAACAAUCUUUGAAAAACUGUUUUUGAAGAACCGGCUACCUCCUCGUUUAGCAUCAGGUCAGAGUUAUAUAAUACAGAGAAAAAUCUGUAUGUCGUUUAGCACCGUUUUCACUGUUGAGCUGACUUUGAUACCUCAUGAAUCUACCUCAAUUAGCACAUUGUUUUCUACACAACACGGCGGGCUGAUGUGUCCCCGGAUGAAUACCUCACCCUCACUGCCGCGCGUGUUGUAAACUGAGCCUGUGUUUCGGUAACGCUGCAGAUGGCUUCAUUCCCAGACUCGGACCUGCAGACCUGCCCGCUCUGCAAGGAGCUGUGCGGCUCCUCUGCUCCCAUCUCCUCCAGCUCUUCUACCUCUUCAUCUUCCUCACAUACCUCGUCCUCCUCCAGCCAGACCACCAGGAGACUCCACGUCCUGCCCUGCCUCCAUGCCUUCUGCAGGCAGUGCCUAGAGGGCCAGCGCAGUCCCGGGGACCCGCUGAAGCUGCGAUGCCCCACUUGCGACCAGAAGGUGUCCAUCUCCGAGGCCGGGGUGGACUCCCUGCCUUCCUCCAACUUCCUCUUCAGCAACCUGCUUGACGUGGUGGUGAGCUCCGAGGAGCAGAUCCAGAACAAGAACGGCCACCACCACAGAGGAGGCUUAGGUGGAGGCUCCUCCGGCUUCCAUCACCCCCAUGGAGGCCUGCUGCAUCCGCACCACCUGGGAGAGCCUCAGUGCAGCUCCUGUGAUGAGGAGAACCCAGCUACCUCCCACUGCCUUGACUGCCAGGAAUAUCUGUGUGACAACUGUGUGCGGGCACACCAGCGGGUGCGGCUGACAAAGGACCACUUCAUUGAGCGCUUGGGAGAGAACCUCCACCUGGGCCGGGUCAACGCCAACAGCAACACGGGCCAGCCAGGAGUGUCGGUGUCCCUCGCCCAGUCCCUGCAAAACAACUUUGCCCUGCUGUCACUCUUCCAGGACCGCAUGAGCUUCUGCCAACAUCAUGACAGUGAGGUGUUCCUGUUCUUCUGUGAAACCUGCUCAGUGCCUAUCUGCAGGGAGUGCAGCGCGGGCCGGCACAUGGGCCACACUUUCGUUUACCUGCAAGACGCCGUGCAGGACUGCAGGGCCAUCACCAUCCAGCUGCUGGCAGACGCACAGCAGGGACGACAGGCCGUACAGCUAAGCAUGGAGAAGGUCCAGGCCAUGGCAGAGCAAGUGGAGAUCAAGGCUAAAGUGGUGCAGACCGAAGUGAAGGCCCUUGUUCUGAGACACAAGAAAGCACUGGAGGAGAGGGAAUGUGAACUACUGUGGAAGGUGGAGAAGAUCCGUCAGGUGAAGGCCAAGUCUCUGUACCUGCAAGUGGAAAAGCUGCACCAGAGUCUGACCAAGUUGGACAGCACCAUCGCUGCUGUCAGUCAGGUGCUUGAUGAGGGCCGCCACCUAGACGUGCUGCUGGCCAGGGAGCGAAUGCUCACCCAGAUCCAUGAACUCAAGGCUCUCAGGGGCCUGCUUCAGCCACAAGAGGAUGACCGCUUCAUGUUUACUCCUCCAGACCAGACUCUGUACAUAGCCAUCCAGUCCAUGGGUCUGAUCAGCAGUGGAUCCUUUGCCCCGGUCACCAAAGCCCACGGCGAAGGUCUGAAAAGUGCACUUCGCGGCAAACCUGCCACCUUUUCUGUGAUUGGGUACGACCAUGAUGCCGAGCCACGUCUUUCUGGAGGAGACACUGUGUCUGCAAUAGUCAUGUCAGUUGGUGAUGGCAACCUGUCUGCAGCAGAGGUAACAGACCACCAGAAUGGCUCAUACACCGUCAGCUACAUACCCAAAUGUGAGGGGGAGCACCUUGUGUCAGUGCUGGUGUGUAACCAGCACAUCCAGGGCAGCCCCUUCAAAGUGAUGGUGAAGUCGGGGCGGAGCUAUGGGUCUUUGGGUUCCCAAGUCUCAUCCUUUGGGUGCGAGGGGGAGGGAGAUGGUCAGCUCUGUCGUCCCUGGGGCAUCAGCGUGGACAAGGAGGGAUAUGUGGUGGUGGCUGAUCGCAGCAACAACCGCAUACAGAUAUUCAAGCCUUGUGGUGCCUUCCACCAUAAGUUUGGUUCUCUGGGUUCUCGGCCUGGUCAGUUUGAUCGUCCAGCUGGGGUUGCAUGUGACAGUCAGAGACGAAUCAUUGUGGCUGAUAAGGACAAUCACCGUGUGCAGGUGUUUACUUUUGAGGGCCAGUUCCUGCUGAAGUUUGGGGAAAAGGGUACCAAGAAUGGGCAGUUCAACUAUCCCUGGGAUGUGGCUGUCAACUCUGAGGGUAAGAUCCUGGUCUCAGACACCAGGAACCACCGCGUGCAGCUCUUCGCCCCUGAUGGCUCUUUCCUCAACAAGUACGGCUUUGAAGGGGCCCUGUGGAAACACUUUGACUCUCCCAGAGGAGUGGCCUUUAACCACGAAGACCACCUGGUGGUGACCGACUUCAACAACCACCGGCUCCUGGUCAUCCGGCCAGACUGCCAGUCAGCUCGCUUUCUGGGCUCUGAAGGCACCGGGAACGGGCAGUUCCUGCGUCCACAGGGCGUUGCCGUGGACCAGGAGAACCGCAUCAUCGUCGCCGACUCCCGUAACCACCGAGUCCAAGUGUUUGAGCCCAAUGGAAACUUCUUAUGCAAAUUUGGCACACAGGGGAGUGGCUUUGGACAGAUGGAUCGCCCCUCUGGUGUGGCUGUGACGCCUGACGGAGUCAUUGUGGUCGUUGACUUUGGAAAUAAUCGCAUUCUCAAAUUCUAAAAAAAAAAAAAAAAAAAAAAAAAAAAAAAUUGCAUUCUCUCCCUCCGUUUGCCCCUUUUUGCAGUUUUUUUGAUGAAGGAAAUGGAGGAGAGAGAAUGAAUCAACUGACACAACAGGAGGAGAGCUCAGAGAGGAUUGAGAGCAUGUUGAAAUGAAGGGAAAUUAAAACUAUAGAUAAUUAUUUUUUUCAUUUAUAUUGAUAUUCACCAAAUCAGAUAUCUGUGGUAUGAAUGACAAAGGGGACCUCUACAAAUUGAUAAUCAGUAGAAAAAAGAGCCAUAUUUCCUUUCCUUAGUCUCAGCUGCUCUGAAUUCUCACUGUAAGCUCUCCUUAAUUAUCCAUCUCAGGGAAUUCCUCACUUUUCUUGAAAUCUUAUACCCUCUGCUCCACACCUACCUCAUUUAGCUCUUUAUGAAUGUACUCAUAGUCACUGAGCAGAGGUUUUAGUCCAUUAAGUUUUACAAAGAAGAAAAGUCUACCUCUAUACUUUGUUAUUUAAGAGAGACAAAAAAGAGUAGAUUCUUCAGUUGAUAUUUGCACAGGAUUAAUGGAAUUCUUGCUGUGCAUUUUGAAAUAUGAGUUAAAGUGACCCUCCUGAAUGUUGUUGCUGAGACAAUACUCAGACCACUGUAGAGGCUGCAUGAAUUAUUCUUAUUAGAAGGCUUCGGUCGGAGAGGAAAGUAUGGUACAGUAGUUUCCUUUUCAUGUUUUAGGCUAGUUAGUUUUUUGUUUAUGCAUCGACCCUUGUCUCUUUGUGGCUCUGUGGACUUUGUAGUAUCAUGAUAGCCCUAAGAGGAGUGUAUGAAGCGAUGCCAAACUUGAUAGAAUCAAAAUUAGCUCAGGUCAUGGUAGGACUGAUUAAAAUGAUCAGUACUUUUCAGGCUCUCCCUCUAGCUUUACUGUCUAAUGCUGAUUUGCUGAAUUUAUUGAUUAGCAAAAAUAUAAAGAUUAGGGAAUCAUCUCCAGUAUGUAUACCCUGUAAUAGAAUUAUCCAUAGUGUUUGAUUCCCCCCCCCCCCCAAAAAAAAAAAAAAAUGUUUCUCAUAAGACUGGAUGAACUGAAGUUUUUGACAAAAUUAGACAACAUGUGUUGUUGCUAUCCAGUGAGCUGCAUGAACAACUAAGAUGCAAAGAUUUGUAUGCAAGUAGAGCAGCAUCACCUCCAAAAGGGAGGACUCACCAAAGGAUUUUGGAGAAGAAGCUUCCAAGAUCUGGAUCGAUUAGUGAUCUUAACGUAGAGAUUUAAUCAUACAAUUGAAUGACACCUUUUUGAUGAGGCAUGCUGUGUGACAAAAGCCUCAAACAUAGACAUCUAAUUUGGCUGUCCAGAGGACAUUAAUGAUAUCAAAUUACAGACCUAACAUCACAAACAUCUUCUGGAUUUAGAUUGUGGUUGAAAACCACUCCCUUUGGCUCCUAGGGCCAGUAGUCCUGUCCAGUGAGGGCACCAUCACAAAGCCCUGCCCUAUUUAUUGAUACCUGGAGCUGUGGAGACAUCUCCAGACGCUAGUAGACCGAUUCCUCCAGUAGGCGGUCUAUAGACCAAAGUUAGAAUUUCUGCACAAUGGCCAACUGUAAAUUUGGCAAUUAAAAUAACUAAACCCCUUCUUUAAAAACAUUUUCUUGAAUAAUCAUUGUUGCUGGGAAAUCUAAAGUUCACAAAACUCACAGAGUCAAGUUCAAAGCACUGUCCAUGUUUAUUGUGCAUGAGAACUUUCACAUCCUGCUAAGGCCCUAGCUGUUUGCAGCAGGUUUUGAAGGAAGACCCUUUUUGUCUGUCUGUGGAGAUGUUUGAAUAGAGAACAGAGGAUGCCCGCACCAAAGAGAACCCCCCUCUCCCCCUCACAUUUAUCGCAUCAGCUGAUGCCCAGUUUUAUCAAUAUUAGAUGCCCUGUAGGCUCAAAUUAGCAUCUCAGAUUAGCCUUUGUCUCCCAAUCUAAUCUCCACAGAAGCUAAUAGAUACUAACUCUUUGUGGUGAAAGCAUUGUGGGGUUUUGAAUCCCCUUGCCCUUUGUUCAAUCUGUGUCCCGCUGGAAGCACUAAGACAAUUAAGGUUCUGUUGGCCACUUCCUUAGCCAAGCAAAGAAUCUUGGGACCCAUUAAAAGCGUCACCGACUGGCUCUCACCUCU